AUGGGAGGACUUUUAGCAAUUCCUUGUGUCGCUGCAUCGGUUAGUUGAUUUUUAAAUCUAUUUAUGAAUCGAAUGUCUAAAUUUUCCAGACGGCAUGCUGUUUUGGAAGUGCAGCUUGUUCAUUAUGCUGUUCGGUUUGUCCAAGCACUCGCAAUUCAACAACAACUCGUUUUAUGUACGCAACAAUGUUAUUUGUGAUGACAUUUAUUGCCUGCAUAAUGCUGACACCAGGAAUUCAGAAGAAGAUGGUGGAUAACAAAUGGUUUUGUGAAGGACUCAACGAAUACGCUGGAAUCAAUUGUGACCACGCUGUUGGAUAUCAAGCUGUUUAUCGAGUUUGUGGAGCAACUGCUUCAUUCUUUUUGAUUUUCAUGUGCUUUAUGUUUGGUGUGAAUUCUUCAAAAGAUUCUAGAAGUUCAGUUCAAAAUGGCUUCUGGUUUUUCAAGUAUCUUGCAUUGGGAGCAUUGGUUUUCGGAUUUUUCAUGAUGCGAACUGAUAGCCUUUCAACUCGUAAGUUUAUUUUUUUUAAAGAAACUUCUUUGAUUCUCUGAUUUUUUAGCAUUAAUGUGGAUCGGUAUGCUCGGCGCUUUCCUAUUUAUUCUGAUCCAACUUAUAUUGAUUGUUGAUUUCGCUCAUGGUCUUGCAGAAAAUUGGGUUUCUCAAUAUGAAGAUACAGAUUCUCGAUUGUGUUAUGGUGGCUUGAUUCUCACUACUUUUGGCGGAUUUCUUCUUUGCAUAAUCGCUGUUGUUUUUGUAUUCUUGAAUUAUGCUGUUGGAGAAGGUUGUGGAUAUCUCCCAAAAUUCUUCUUAAUUUUCAAUGUUCUUCUUUGCAUCGGUUUGAGCGUUUUGUCAGUUAUGCCAUUUGUUCAAGAAAGAAUGCCAAAAUCAGGACUUCUUCAAGCUGUUGUAAUCAGUGGAUAUGUUAUUUAUCUAACAUGGUCUGCCCUUGUCAACAAUCCUAGUGAGUGAAUUCAAAAAAACUUCAGAGCUUACAAGACAAUAUAUUUUAGAUGAACACUGCAAUGGAACUUAUAAUCAAACAACUCCAGUCACUGAAUCUUCCGAGCAAAACAAAGAUGAUUUCGGCUCACCAAUUCCAUCUCAUGCUUUUGUUUCAUUGGCUAUUUGGCUUGUUUGUUUGGUUUAUGCUUCGAUUCGAAAUUCAUCAAAUACUUCACUGGGAAAAAUUACUGGAGAAGGAAAUGAGGAAAAUAUUCAAUUGAGUAAGAUUUUUUGUUUUAAUUUAUAAUCACAAAGCUCGGAUUUUCAGACGAUAUGGAAAAGGGUGCAAAAUCAUGGGAUAAUGAAGAAGAUUCAGUUGCCUAUUCCUACAGCUUCUUCCAUUUUAUGUUUUGCCUCGCCUCACUUUAUGUUAUGAUGACUUUGACAAAUUGGUACAGGUAAGAGUUGAAGGGAAUUUGUCUGAUGCCUUUUAAAAAAAUGUUUCAGCCCGGAAAAUGACUUUUCUCAUCUCAACUCAAAUACGGCUUCGCUUUGGGUCAAAAUCGUCUCAUCUUGGUUCUGUGUUGCAUUAUAUUGUUGGACCCUUGUUGCGCCUGCAAUUUUCCCGGAUCGCGAAUUUUAA